AUGCAAACUGCAACUUCGCCCGCACCGCUGGACGGUAACCGCGAUCCCGCCAAAGCCAACGAGAAUAUACGAAUCAGCCCCGCCGCGACGGCAGGCCGUCCACGAACGCAAGCUCACCAGAGAAUCGUUUUCACAGACCCCGUUUCUCUGCGGUAUCUCGAAGAAGACCCAUCAACGGAUGUACUGCAUCGCCCAUCCGACCUUGUGAUCGCGACUUACACUGGAGAGCUCUCACACCGAAUCUACGUGGGAGUACUCAGUGUGCCAACAGAUGAGUCGACAUGGUCACCUCGGCUGCGCAUGUACUUUGAUGCCGUGGAACAAUGCUGUGCCCGCAGGAAGGAGACGCAGCUCGGCACGAUCAUGAUCACCGACCUUGGUACAUUCGCCUCCGCCUUGACGAUCAUUCCGGUCCCCGAGGGUGAUAUCAAAAAGCACCGUGACGAUUUCAUUGUGAAUGAGGACCUGAAACGGCUCGGGUGCGCUGGUCGCGCGGGCUUGAAGCUACAAUACCCCUCAGCAGCCACAAAGGCCAAGUUCUACCAGCUUUACCGCACGAGUGAGCGAAUCGACUUCUACAAGGCGGUGACGGAGCUGGUGAGGCAGUGUCAGAUCGCUUUGAUGGUGUUUGAUAAGCUGACGCCCGAGUACAUUGACGGCCUGCUUUGCGACGUCACCGAGAAGGCUAUCGGCGAUUGGUGGGCGGACAUCGGUACCGAUCUGUACAACGUUGAGCCCAGCGAUGGCGCUCUUGGGCCAACAAGCGUUGCUGCACUGCUAGGAACAUUACUCGGGGCUCGCAAUCGGCUGCAUGCAUACGGUGCGCCUGUGGCAAAAGACGCAUUUGACAUUGACAAUCUCAAGAGAGGAAUUGGCAGUUUCCAAAAGUCACAAAAAAUACCGAGAACCCGCCGACUGGACCGACGUACCCUCGACCGGUUGCACCGUGCCACCAGUAAAGCCGCCAAUGCGGAAGGCUGGACAGAUGCGAUCAAGUCGACGAUGACGGAAUUGAGUGGACAGGGUGGCGAGAUGGUCAUGGGGAUGGUACGCGGUCGUGAAAAAGGCGGGAUUGCCGACAUCGAAACCCUCGAUCUUGACAAUUUUGUCCAACGUGUGUACGGGUCCAGAGCGAAAUGGCUGUGGCUCGGAAAAUCGCCCAAAGGCAAUACGGAUACCGAUUUUACGUCCAAAAAUGGCGCAGACGUGGUCUUUACUGCAGACGACCAAGGGGGAUAUGUGUGGACCAGUCGAAAGAAACAUUCUGCGGAGGAGCUACACGCUGAACGCACGCCUACAGGUUUCGAGAGACAAGCAAAGCCGGCGGAAUCGCCCAUGGCCGAAGAGAAGGAGCACCGGAAAAGGGGUAUGAGUAGUAGGGUCUCCGAUGCCCGAGCUGGUCUGGGGCGGUUCAAGGACGCUGUCGGGCUACCUGGCCUGCGUUCAAACCAUUACAAACAAGCCCGUGAAGCAACGGACGUGACCCAUGAUAUUGCCUAUCAGCCGCAGAUUGACAGUGACACGGAAGGCUCUUUUUCAAAACCGAAACUGGAGCUCAAACGUUUGGCUGACUCGCCGAUUGUGGAACACAAGGCCCACCCUGAAGCUGAGCAGAAGGCCGCCCCGUCUGCCACGGGUGGGCCUACCACUGAUAUCAAGCCUCCAGAGAUUCACAUUGAGAAGACGCCUUCGCCUUUGGGGGAAGAAGAGCAAGUUGAACAUGCAGAUCAAGUGGGUGGCCUGCAGCCAAUUGCCACAAUCGAUGAAGACUCGGAGAUGGAACGGGUCAGGAGUCGAUCUACUGCGGCGUCCAGCGAGAGAGGGCAGGACCGGGCGGAUGCCAGCUCAAAUCUGGCCAUGAUGGCUCUCCGACGACCGCAAAGCUGCGAAGAACUUCGCGCAAUUGAGAUUGAAGACCAGCGGUUAGACAUCCGUUGUGCGCGCCACCUGUCUUUCAGUAAUGUUGAGGAAGUCAUCCUUACCUGGGAUUCUUCCAGCCCGCCCCGAUCAUUCACACACACCGCAGUGCUCGAAGACGCCAUCGCACAGGAAGACAUGCUUGCGUCUGACGCGCGCCUUUCUAGUACUCGGAUUCUCGAUCUUGGUGAGCGCACUGUGCCGUGGGUUGAGCGUCAGGUCGACUCCGUUGAUGGCCUCAACCAGAUUCUCUAUGAACGCCAUGAGGAGCUCAAUGCCAUCUACUUAGAUCGCUAUGGUGACUAUCAGCGACUGCGGGAACGAUCUACAGAUAUUGUCACCGACGCGCACGACCAUCUCAACGAUAGUGUGAAGCGUGUGGAGCUGCUCGGUGCUAAGUUGGAUUAUGAGCUCCAUGUCCUCGAAUCAAAGGUUGAAGAUGUGGAAGAAGGUUUGAGCGAUUUUGAACGCCACAUCGAGAAUGUGGAGUCCCGAUUUCAGGGUCUGUUGCAGGGUGAGGAAGAACAUAGCGCGUCGUGGCCCAUUCGGUUACUGCGGUCCAUGGGCUUUAUGGUUCAGUGA